CCCGGUGUAGUGCUCUAUACGUCACUAUUAUUAAUAAAUUAAUUAAUUAAUUAAUUGAAGCGCCCAAUAAGAGACUUGGUGAUAUCAUAUCUCUAAUUUGCAUUAUUAUCUUUAAAGUGAUACAACCAAAACAUGUCUAUUUGGAUGCCACACUCUACUGCUAGCCGUUGUUGUCUAGUUGUGGUGAGCAUUAAUUUGACAUAAAUUGUUCCUAAUUUACUCGACCUUUGAUAGAUUGAGGCUUGAGGGAAAAUAAUAAAUGGCAAUAAGACAUUGGUACAAGGAUUUGGUUCCUUUUGGUGCCAUGGUGAUCAUGGAAUGCGUCAACGUUGCUUUGAAUACUCUGUUUAAAGCUGCUACCUUGAAAGGCAUGAGUUACCAUGUCUUUGUUGUUUAUGCGUAUGCUGUUGCUGCUUUUGUACUGCUUCCUGCUCCCUUUAUCUCCCAAAGAUCAAGAGUACUUCCCCCUCUCAGUUUACCCAUACUAUGCAAAAUUGGUCUUCUUGGACUGAUCGGAAGUUCAUCUCAAAUUAUGGGCUACACAGGUAUCAGUUACAGUUCUCCUACUCUCUCAUCAGCGAUAAGCAACUUGGUGCCAGCUUUUACCUUCUUGCUUGCCAUCAUUUUCAGGAUGGAAAAGGUAGCUGUAAGAAGUUCAAGUAGUCAAGCCAAAAUAUUGGGUACCUUAGUAUCUAUAUCAGGAGCAUUUAUAGUGACACUUUACUUAGGACCGCCAAUCAUCAUUGCUCAUAGACCUUCACUUUCAUUUCAUCAACAAAUUAACACUCUUAAAUCGUUAGAUCAAAGUUGGGCCAUUGGUGGCCUUCUACUAAUAGCUGAGUAUAUAUUGGUUCCAUUAUGGUACAUUGUGCAGGUUCAAAUCAUGAAGGUGUACCCAGAUGAACUAACAGUUGUCUUCUAUUACAACUUAUGUGUAAGCAUUGUCGCUGCAGUUGUAGGUGUGAUUAGUGAGAAUAAUGCAAAUGCAUGGAAAAUAGGACUUGAUAUAUCACUUGCUUCCAUCCUUUGCUCGGGAUUUUUUGGAUCAUGCUUGAACAUUGCAGUUCACACAUAUGUACUACGUAUAAGGGGGGCUGUGUACGUAGCAAUGUUCAAACCACUAUCAAUUGUCAUAGCUGUUGCUAUGGGAGUCGUGUUCCUUGGUGAUACUCUCUACCUUGGAAGUUUAAUUGGAGCCACAGUAAUAUCAAUUGGGUUUUAUACCGUAAUGUGGGGUAAAGCAACAGAAGAAGUGGUUGAAGAUGUUACUAGCCACCAAACACCAACUACACAGAAUGUUCCUCUCUUGCAAUGCUAUAAAACUGAUCAGAGUUGAAACGAAAAUUCAUGCAAGUGUAUAAAAAAAGGAAACGAAAAACACAACUCUUAACUAGUGUUGUAGCAGCAGAGUAUCUCCCCUUCUAAGGAAAAAUCAUACUAUAUUUAAGAUUGUAAAUAAACAAUUCAACUGAAUGAGAAUAUCCUUUCACCAUGUAGCAAAGCAACACAAAUGUGACUAAUAUACCAAGCAAACUCUGCAAGUUGGUUGUACCAAUAAACAUAGAUGUGACUAUAAAGGCAAGGGAGCAACAUUUUUGUCUCUUGUAACCUAUGAAACUCAGACUCCGACACGGUCACUGACAUGUCGACAUGCUAAUGUACAAAGUAUAGGACAUCGAGAUGGAUAUAGAUAUUUAUUUCUUUACUA